GAAGAUAAGGUCCGGGCCAUGGAGCAGCGCCUGUGCGACUGGCCCAAGUCUCAGAGUGUAACUGGGCCAGCCGGAAACAGUAGCAGUGGAGCACCGAACAGCAACGCGAAACCGUCGGGAAGCUCCUCCACUGAUCCGGGCAAGAUCUCCCAGCUGGAGACGGCCGUCGAAGAGCAGAAACAGUUACGCUUGCAGGACGCCCGUCAGGUCGGCGCUAAAGCGGCCAAAAUCAAGGAGUGGGUCACGAACAAACUGCGCGAACUGGAAGAGCAGAACCAGCUGCUGCGAGAGCAAAACAUCAAGUGCAAUCAACAGUUAGAACUACUAAGAAACCACAUCGCCACCCAAAGUAGUAGACAUAGUAUACAGCAACCAGUUAGAUCUAGUUUAAGCUUAGACGUACAGGACUUUAAGCGUCGCAGCGGUCGCCGGAGGAGUGAAUCGUUGGAUCCACCCGAGCACCGGUCGCUGCUGGCGUCCUCCUCGGUGCACCAUCACCGACGAAAUCUAUCCAUGGAACCUCAGGAACUAGCUAGAGAUUUGGCGGCCGCCGUCGAUGGGCUUCAUUUGAUGCCGCUGAAUCCGGGCCAACAGCCGAGUCCGAAUUCCGACAUGGAUGCGGCGCACGAUUACGCGGAGAUUUACACGCCUUCGCGGGAAAAGGCACCCACUUGGCUGAAGGGAUUGCCGAGCGGGGGCUCCAGUACGACCACUUCGGACUCGGUGGCAGAGCUGGGAACCGCACGGCCACCAACACCUCCGCUUCAUCGGUUUCCCAGCUGGGAAGCGAAAAUCUACCAGGUUGCCAACGAUGGCCUGGCCGGAGAUGAAAACGAAUCUCAAGACCAAGAGUCCGGAUCCGGGAUGACGUCCAGCGUCGGUAUAAACUCCCGUUCGCAAACCGUUUCCGGUGGAUACUGUGAUAUUAGUGUACCGGUUUACGCCACCGUUAAAGGGCGUGCCUCCCAGAUCCGAUCGAUGCCGUUCACCGGGGAUUCCAGUGACGACAGCAGCGACGGAGAGGAACAUGGUGCCAUCAUGACUUGUGCCACGUCUACCCACAAUUCGCACAACUCAACCAGCACGGACAAUACCGAAACGAGCACCUCGGGCAGUGCAUCUAGUCCUUCGAAAAGCCUCAAAACCUCCUCUAGUCUGAGCCCAGCCAAACGCAGCGGGUCCGAAAGUCCAAAGAACAAAACCCGAGGGCUGUCCGAUGACUACGCGAUACCCCCGGAUGCGGUGUCAGCGGUGGACACUUCCUGCAUGGACGCCUCCAUGCCGUCCCUCCUGAUGCGCACCUCCUAUGCCGAUUCGCCGAAAAAGAUGGAAACACUGGAAAAGAUCGGUCACCUGGCCAAACUGGGCGGAAAGCUGAAAACGUGGCGCAAGCGGUGGUUUGUGCUGAAGAACGGACAGCUCACCUACUGGAAGAGCCAGCACGACGUCAACCGGAAGCCUCAGGGAACGAUCGCACUGGACGAAGCCUGCCGGAUCAAUCGGGCCGAGGGAGCGUCCACGUUCGAGAUCGACACCGGCAAGAAGGUGUACUAUCUGACGGCCGACUCGAACGCCACGAUGGACGACUGGAUUCGGGUGUUGCAAAACGUGCAACGGCGGAACGCUACCAAACUGCUGCUGAGCAGGGACGACCAAAAGCCAACGGUUCAGGGUUGGGUUACCAAGGUGAAAAAUGGUCACGCGAAAAAGUGCUGGUGUGUGCUGCUGGGAAAGAUGUUCCUGUACUUUAAGGCUCCCGGCGAGACGAAUCCAUUGGGGCAGAUCAAUAUGCGAGAUGCUCGCGUAGAAGAAGUGGAGCACGUGUCCGAUUCAGAUUCGGAGGAACGAGAAGACCCUGCCCAAAGCCAAGCGAGGCUAACGGUGGCCAUUUACCCGCAGCAUCAGGGAGGUCCUACUUAUCUCAUCCUGCCAGGCAAACAAGAACGAGACAACUGGUUGUACCACCUGACGGUGGUUUCCGGUGGCGGUCCCAACGCUGGAACGCAGUACGAACAGCUGAUUCAGAAGCUCAUGGAAACCGAUGGCGAUCCAAAUUGCGUCCUCUGGAGACACCCGAUUCUGCUACACACCAAGGAUAACAUAACCUCACCACUGACUUCGUUACAUUCCGAAACGCUUCAAGUGGAAGCCAUAAAGCUGUUCAAGAGCUGCCAGCUGUUCCUCUCGGUGGCAGUCAACCAGCCCGGUAUCGACUACCACGUGGUGCUGGCCCAGAAUGCCCUCCAACAGUGUCUGGACAUGCCGGAGCUGCAAUCCGAGCUGAUCUGUACCCUGGUCAAGCAAACGUCCCGCCAUACCGGCCAGAAACUGGGUGUUGGUGUCCAGGUAAACAAGAAACUGGGCAUACCGGCUCGUCAAUUGCUGCUAUGUGCCACCCAGAGUUUGUUCACUUGCGAUACGCAACAAGGCAAUACAACUCAAGCGAAUGGGAGCUCACCAACUUCCAUUCAGGCUCCAACGGCUGUGCCAAUCAUCGAUUGCAAAUCAAAUCCGCCGGCCUACACCUUCAUCCAGGGCUGGCAGCUGUUGUCGCUUGCCGUGUCCCUGUUCGUGCCAAAGAACAGUCGCCUGCUGUGGUACCUCAAGCUGCACCUGUCACGAAAUGCGGACUCGAAAACCGAAUGCGGCAAGUACGCGGCCUACUGCGAGCGGGCACUGGAGCGAACCAUGCAGAACGGUGACCGGGAGACGAAACCCUCGCGGAUGGAGGUGCUGUCGAUUCUGCUGAAAAAUCCGUACCACCACUCGCUGCCGCAUGCCAUUCCGGUGCACAUGAUGAACGGCACCUACCAGGUGGUGUCCUUCGACGGGUCAUCGACGAUCGAAGAGUUCCACACGACGCUAGCGCAGGAAAUCGGUUGCCGCGAUGGCACGAACGGCUUUACCCUGUUUAGCGACGAUCCGAUCGAGAAGGACUUGGAGCACUAUUUGGAUCCGCAAGCUAAGCUUUGCGACGUCAUCUCCAAAUGGGAAACUGCCCUUCGUGAGAAGGGUUCCGGCAAGUUCGAGAACUCUCGUGUUAUUCAGCUAACCUACAAGAAUCGCUUGUACUGGAAGCAUGCAGCUAAGCUGGAAACGGAAAAGGAACGUCUGCUGCUGUGCUAUCAGAUCAACCAACAGGUGGUGCAAGGGCGCUUCCCGCUGUCUCGCGAGUUAGCUCUGGAGCUGUCUUCUCUGAUGGCUCAAAUAGAUAUGGGAGAUUACGCAGCGGACAAGUCCAAAACGAACUCCCUGCAGGCGCUGGAUAAGUUUUACCCGUACCGCUACAGGGACGCCUUGACACCGGAUGGUCUGAAAGAGCUGCAGGAGCUUCUAGCGGGCAAAUGGUCUCUGCUCAAGGGACGCUCCGUCGUCGAUUGCGUGCGGAUCUACCUGACCUGUGCUCGCAAGUGGCCCUUCUUCGGCGCUGCGCUGUUUCAAGCUAAACCGCGCCAUUCCGAUCAAGCGAUGGCUUGGCUGGCGGUGUCGGAGGAUGCCCUCAGCGUGCUGGAACUGAGCUCGAUGGCAUCGAUCGCUCGCUAUCCGUACAGUUCGGUAAUGACCUUCGGCGGUUGCCAGGAUGAUUUUAUGCUGGUGGUAAGUGCGGAGGACACACUCGCUGGCAGUCCCGAGCAGAAGCUUCUGUUCGCGAUGAGUAAACCGAAGAUUCUGGAAAUUACUCUGCUGAUUGCGGAUUACAUGAAUGCGCUUGGUCAUACGUUGCCCGGAACGCCGCAGAUGAAUACGCUGACCCGAAACGGGAGCCAUCGGAGCAUUAGAUCGCGCGCCCAUCCGAGCUCGGCCACCGGGACGCCGGCGCACAACACGCUGAACUCGUCGCACGCCAACACGACGCACGCCCACAACACGCUCACGUCCCACUCGCAUACGCUCAACUCACACGUCAGCCACACGCUCAGCUCGCACGGCCAGCCGGACAUCCUGAAGAGCACGCCCGACCAUCAGCGGCGCUGAAUCAUUCUGGCACACACACACUGACACGCACACAACACAGCUCGACCAUUCCGGUUCCACCGGGCACCGAGGGGAAAGCGAGACGGAAAGUCACAGCGAAAUUGCGCCGUUUAAUGAUUUUUGUACAACUUUUUUUUACCUGCUUUGGACCAAUUUUUAAGUUAGUAUCGAUGAUGGAGAUGCACUUGAGAAGUGUUCCGUCGAUUCGAAUCAUUUAGCUGCUUUUGAAGAAAGAAUGUGACUAAAAUACGAUAGUUAUUGAUGAGGUUUGUCACAAACAAAUUCGUUAAAUAACUAUCGUUGAAGACACGUAACUUGAAAAUGUUCCGAUGCAUUUUGAAGUUUAUUAGGUUAAUCUAAAUUUAAGCUGACGAUUAAGUUAAUACAAAAAGCCCAGCCGUUUCCAAACCGGGGGGUAGUUUUUGCUUGUUUGAUUGUAUGAUUUUCAGACGUUUUAUUGUUGUAAAUAUUUUUCCUAUCUUUAAAAAAACGAGUCAAAGUCAAACUCCGUACUUUAAAGUGUAGAAAAGGAAGUGCAGCAUUUUUUUAUCAAAAAUUUUAUUCGUCAGAGUGUGUUGAUUUCCCGUUUGAAAGUUAGGUACUACCCAAUUAGUUUAUAGAAGCUCUAACCAAAACUAACAAACCAGAAGAUCUAUCAGAUAGUGAAAGUAGCGAGAACUUCUAAGUAGAAUAACCAUACUAUGCUAAACAGUUUCGUAAGUUUGCGAGGAAAUACAGCAGAUGAUAAUGUCGAGUGAGUAGACAAUUCCAAACUGAGCAGCAGACAGACAUAAAUAAAUAGUAAACUAUUGUGAUUUUAACGCAAUCUAAUACAGAAACGGAGACACACAACAAUAAUAAGCAGAAACAAGGUGAAACUAACAGGUGAAAGCUAUACUACCAAACCGAAUAGGGAAGCGCUCUAGACAAUAGGAUAGGUCAAAAACUAUAUUCAACUGAAACAACAGAAACGGAACAGCAACUAAUUAGGACUAUUAUUCAGUCUGCUCGACUGACCAGUCGUUCGUCAUUCGAAACAAAACUAAAAAAAAAGUAACGAAAACAUUGCGAUCAACACACAAUAUUUAGAGAAAACCGUGUAACCAAUUAAAAACCACAAACUUUUGUUCUUUUUCUAACAUGAAAACUCACAGGUGUAACCGAAAUAGUGAAACAAAAAAAAAACAACCAGACACUUGCUUCUCUAGCUGAAAUAGUGAAGUCACGCGUUGUAGGCAGUCUUAAAUCCGUAUAAUCGCCUCUUACUAAACUAGCAAGUUGAAGAAAACCGAUUGAGCAACACGAAGAAGAGCAGAACGCUGAAUCAAGAA